ACCGAAAACGAGGUGAAGAUGCCAAAGCGAAGAUCAUCUCCAUCGAGUGAUAAUGAUGAUGACUACGAAGAUGCCUAUGAGGACGCCUAUGAAGAUGCGGUUGAAAAUGAAGGCACCAGGCUGCUGCCUCCCGUCGCCCGUAAAAACGUCAAGCUCUCAGUCCAAGACUACGAAGAACUCGAUAUGAACCUGUCGCAGAUCGAGGUUUCUGCAUCACAAUACACCAGCGACAGACUGUUUAGCCAGUCGCAGGCCGGAGACCGGGUGGCGGUGUCAUCGCCCGACGACCUCGCCAAAUCUAUCAUCCGCGUGGCGUUUGCCCGGUCGGCUUCUGAUAAGAUCAUCAGAAAGUCUCAUUUGACAGACGGAUGGAGUGGUACCAAGGAUUUUGCCGGGGCGUUGGAACGUGCCAACUCCCUCUUGGCUACCAGCUUUGGGCUACGUAUCCUGGUGAUAGACGAGGAGCCAGGUGCCAAAAAAACCGCCAAUUUGGCAUAUUCACUUGUCAAUUGUAUGACUAAAAAAGAGAGACAGGUUCUUGAUAAGCUUUGGGUCGAUGUUGACUCGGUGCACAAACACAAUGGCCGGAGUGUCUUUGACGACGAGUACUUUCUCGCCAGGAACACGCGAGACAAGCUUCCGUCUGAUAACGGAGACUUGGCUAAGAUGGGGGUUGUUUCUGUGGUGCUAGCUCUUGUGGUUCUUGAAGAUAAUCAUCUCCAACGAUCCCGACUACUCAAGCUCCUCCGACUGUUUGGAGUUCCCGAUGACCCCAAUGCCUCCAACACCUCAAUUGACCAUAAUGCUGUGACGUUGUUGGCAGAGCUUGAGAAACAGCUGUAUUUGAAGCGGGCCUUCAGAACCAAGUCGAUGGCUGCCAACAGUGCUCUGGCGAGCGACGAGCAUGUGUUCUACAACUUGGGACUGCGGGGGAUGGUGGAGUUUGGCCCGGAGUCGUUCUUCCACUUUGUGGAGGGAGUUUACGGAGAGGAGUUUGACGAGACGAUGCGGUCGAGGACCUUAUCGACGCUCGAAAAGGCGUUCAAACGGACGUUUGAGGAGCUUGGGGAGGAUGUCCAGCAGGAUUCCGGGCCGGAGGUGGAGGCGACCCUGGAAGUAGAGGCUGCAGUUGACGCUCCGUUAUCUUAGGACGGCUCCAGAGCCUGUAAUACCAUGUGCAGCCAAAAUGAGAAACCCAAGGUGAAACAGGCUGGAGUGAAGCCAGGUAUACAGUGUUGUCUACGAUGACGCAGUUUGGCAAAGGCAUUGAUGAUUGGGUCCAAUAAUCAUAUGUUCAAGCUUACAGCUACUCGCAUGCCCAAGCAGUGCUACCAAGCACCAACCAAACAGAUAUUACAACCAAUCGUGGUACCCUAACCUCUGUAAUUAACUUUCUUCACAGUCGCAGACGUUAUCGCACUUAUCAGCACCUGCGCGGAAUCAUCCACUCAGCACCAAGAUACCACAAACACGUCUCAACCCCCUCUGCACCACUCAUCACUCCCAUUCAUCUACCACAAUACACACCUUAAUCACACAUCUUUGCCACCUCCAA